AUGGAAAGACAAUUAUUAGCAAGAUCAAGAUUCUUCAAUAGUUCUGUGGAUCUAGAUGAACUACUACAAGCCCGGUACUCGAGAUCUGGAUCUCAGAAAAGUUAUAUGGUGCUUAAGCCAACAGGAUCGGGGUUUGAAGAAUCUGAAAAAUCGCUACUACACGGUCUUGAAUCCCAAGAAAAUGUUGAUAACGACGGUGGCAAAUCAAAGAGGCUUAAAAACAUCCCUAGCAAUAAGGUUGGGAGACUAGAUCCAAACGUUGAUUGGGAAAAAAGGGUGAAUAAAUAUAACAAGACAAAGGCUAAAAAAUUAAAAAAGAUUGCAAAGACUGAGAAAAAGCAGAGUAAACAUAUUGACUCAAAACGUAUACCCAAAGACGUAAUAAGAAGAUUUGACUCGAUAAAUGACAAAAAGAAUAAGAAGACCACAAGAUUGGUAUUCCGCAGUUACGUUAAGGACACUAUUUCAAACCAGCGAAAAGCUAUUUCCAAACUAAACAACUGUCAUGAGCAGCUUACUAGUAACCAAGAAAUCAAGGAAGCUAUGGAUAAAUGGAUCAAGGUGUUUGGUAUCCCGCAAUAUGACGACUAUACAUCGCUCAACGAACUUUGGACCGGUUACAUUCAAGACUUGCUUUUUCCGAACCCAAAAGCACCUUUAGCUGCACAACAAAUACUUCCAAAACUUUCAUCGGCAGAACUCAUAGGGGCCAUAGUUAGAGUGACGGACUCCAAAGAAGUUGGAUUGAAGAAUCUCCUUGGGAUCGUGUUGUAUGAAUACAAAAAUUUUUUUGUGAUUUUGGUGCCCAAUGGAUUGAAGGUGGGGGAUAAUGUUUCUAUUGGCCAACAAAACGAAUUAUUGACGAAAUAUCAAACCGGUGAGUUUAUUUCAGAGGAUGGGAAAACCUCUCUAUUUACAAAUAAGGAGCUAGUGGGUGGGAUCAAAAUGAUUGAGAAAAAGACAUGUAUUUUUAAGAUCAUUGUUCCAUUUAAGGAUAAAGUGGUGUCCAAAAAUGAAAGCGUGUCGAGCAAUGAGGGCGAUAGUGAGUUGAAAAUGUCAAAGGAUUAUAAUUUGCUCGAGUUCUUGAUUAUCGGGCCUAGGUUUAACUUCAAAUCGGUGGAUAGAUCUAAUAAGAAAUUGAAGGGGAGAAAUGCUGAUGAUCUUGUCGAUCUCUUGGGUGCAAAAAAUUAA